AUGAAGUUAGCAAUUAUAAUUCUGUCCUUAGCGGCCUUUGGGUCCGCCGAUUUAUUGAACAACAUACUUACUCCAAAUACGGCUUAUGGAUACUUGACUAAAUAUGGUAUACCUGAAGCCGAAAGGAUCAAGAAAGCUGAAGAAGAAUAUCUGCGAAACAAACCCUUUAUAGGCAGAAUUGCUGGCGGCUCUCCUGCUGCACUUGGACAAUUCAAAUACCAGGCCGGUCUCAUAAGUGAUAUCCUUGGUAGCUCAGGAAAAGGCGUAUGCGGAGGUUCUCUUCUUACCACAAACCGAGUGUUAACAGCUGCUCAUUGUUGGGACGAUGGAAGAAACAAAGCCUGGAGAUUCACUGCUGUUCUUGGAUCGGAAACGCUCUUCACUGGCGGUACUAGAAUUCGUACCAGCGAUGUGGUCACCCAUCCACUUUGGCAUCCAGCAUUUAUGCAUAAUGACGUUGCCAUGAUUCGUUUACCCGAACGUGUUGUGUUAUCCGAUACUAUCGGAACUGUUUCCUUGCCCAGUGGAUUUGAAGUUUUUCAUGACUUUACCGGUCAAGUGGUUACAGCUGCUGGAUAUGGACUUACAAACGAUGUUGAUACUAUCAAUAAAAAUCAAUUCUUAAAUUUUGUCAAUAUGACUGUCAUCUCUAACGAAAUAUGCUACGUCGCUUUCUUCGGUAACAUUCGUCCAUCGAACAUUUGCACGAACACCCUCGGUGGUAACAGCACAUGCCGUGGUGACUCUGGUGGUCCACUUGUGGUACAAAGAGGUGACAGGACUGUUCUGGUUGGUGUUACGUCAUUGUCCAAUUUUCUAGGAUGUGAAUUUGGCUAUCCGGUAGUGUUCUCCAGAGUAACAUCGUUCCUUGGAUUUAUUAACAGCAAUAUGUAA